CUGAAAGUUUUACCAAGAGCAAUUCUAAGUACGGAUGGAGCACAAGUUUUGGAUUUAAUUUUAAAAGGUCUAUCUGGAAAUGCAGAGAAAAAGUGCCAGGUUAUAAAUAUAGUUCUAAAGACGAUUAGAGAGCAAUCAAUGACAGAAACUUAUUGGGGAGAUCUUGUAAGCAGAUUAUCCCUGGAAUUAUCAAAGCUGCCUAUUGAAAAUUUGUUGAAGUGGAGCAGUGAUAGUGUACAAACAAUAAUAGAUGAUAGCGAUGUAAAUAUGAUCUGGGGAGACAUAUUACCAGAGUGUCUUAAUAUAAUAUGCACAUAUCCGAGCAUCAGGCACUGUGGUACAGUAAUGUCAGGAGUCGAGUACAAGAUCCAGUGCAUCCAAGGAUUAUGUCAGUGUACAUGGAGGGAAAAACAGCUCAUACAAUUGACAUCCAUGUUCAAAGAUAUUCAACUAUCAAAAGAAAAUCAUAAGCAAGUGGUGAACAAGAUUUGUUCCUACAUGGACAAUCUACCUACGGACACUCUGCCGCCACUGGUUCAUCAUCUACUUAAACUAUGCAAGCAGCAACACUUAGAAAUAGUUCUGUGCCACUUGAGUCAUUACUUCAACAAGCUGUAUGCUAAACUGCAACCACCAGCCCAGGAUUCCGAGGCCACUACAAUGGAUGUUGAAGAUAUAGUUCUACACAGUGAGGAUGAACUGAGGCGCUGCCAGUCUACAUGCUUGUACCACUUGUCUCAAGGAGUGGCUGAUCCCGAGUUAAUAAGAAAGCAUAUCAAGCAAUGGCCUAAAAUACAACUGUUUAGAGAUCCAUUCCUUAUCAAUGUGGCUCUCGCCGUGUCUGAUAAGGGAGCAGAUUUCACCUCCGUCUGUUUAGAUGUAAUCAAAACAGCCAUAGAGUUGACACUUCAAGAUGAGCUCAGAAGAAAAGAAUCAGCGUGGGCCAGUUCUGUACUACCAUCAGAUUAUGACGUCGCCAGUGUAUUGAAAGCACUUGUCACUGAAAGUACAAAUCACCGUCAGAUGACCGUACUAGGUCUCAUCAACCUAGCCUUCUCACUGCUGUCAGUGUACCGCCUCAAGCCCACAGCGCCCCAGUGUUGGGCCCUCGGUCAGAUGCUGCUCGUCAAACUGGCCAAGACCCAACCGGAAACAGCUUCACACAUCCUGAGCCAACUCGCUGAUAAACUAUUUGGAGAUGCCACACAGAAUCAAUAUUCAGAAUGUCUAUACAUACUGUGCAAGCAGGCGCCGGUAGUGAUUGAGCGAUGUCCUCAAAUAGUCCUGAUAGUGGAAGGCUGUCAAGGUCCAGACGCCGUGAAGACCUUCGAAGCCUUAAAGCCUUUGUUACCAUUUAGUGAGAGAACAAGAGAUACACUGCUUAAAGUGUGCAGGAAACAUCUAUACUCCGGUGAUUCUCGUCACCGCCGCCUUUCCGUUUCCGGUUUCCUGUGUGUGUUACGUCACACGCGCCUAUCUUCAUGGUCGGAGUCGAGUCAGCCGGAGUCAGCUCACUCCUACCUCACUCAGCUGGCGGUUGACGUACACUCUAACAGAGACGCUGUCAACUCUCGCGUCCGAAACGAGAGUCUGUUUAUGGAGAUCGUGUCCAUAUUACGACGCUGCCUGGUGCAAGACGUUGCUGUCAAACAAUAUUUAUAUACAGAAAUCUACAACUCAGUAAAAGAUAAGGCAGCUCUUCACGAAUCUAUACUAGAGAUGCUUAAUGAUCAUCUCAGUAAGUAUCUACCACAGGAAGGGGAAGGAGCUGUACUGAUGAAUGACUGUGUGUCCAGUAAUGGAGAAUUACUAGAACCCAUCGGAUAUUUGCUGUUCACCAUAGCACAGUUCCUUCGGAAUUCUGAUGAUGAAUCCGAUGAUAUAUUGAGCAGUCCACCAGAAAGCCCCGUAACAUAUUAUAAGAAUAAACUCACAACUGUGAUGCAGAAGAUUUGUCAAGACGAUUGGCUCUCUAUAGUAGAUUUGUGCUACGAAGCCCUGAUGGCCCAUAAGAUAAUGCAAUGGAACUUACUCACACCUCAAGCAGAUUCCGUGCUUAGAUUAUAUAAAGCUCAUAAUCAAUUGUUAGAAAAUACCAAGGCACCUUCAAAAGUUACCAAAAAGGCAAAAGCAAAUGAAACAAAAGAUUCUACACAGAAGAGUCCGAAUGAGAAGGAAACCAAAAAUAAACAAAAGGAAAAGGGCAAAGCUCCAGUUACUUUCGCUAGUGCUUCUAAAGAUAGAGGUGGCCCAUUCAAACCACUGCCAUGCGUGUGGGACUUGUCGUUAGGAUUGAGAGUAUUACAACUAUUAUAUAGCGAGGAGGUACCUUGGUCGUCUUCAGAGCACCGUAACCAAGUCCGCAGCCACCGAUCCUUCAACUUGUUCGCAGUGCGAGCGGUCCACGGAACACUAUCCGAUAAAUUACCAAGACAUCAGAUCGCCAAUGAAGUACUGAGUGUGGCGGGAUUGAUAUACACUAGAUGUAUAUGCAAAUUUCAUGAUGUAUAUAAUUUCGAUGAGCAUGUAACAUAUGCCUGUUUGGAACUGUUCAAAGCCUGUUUGAAUCUCCUGUUGUCUAGCACAUAUGCUUUUAAAACAGAAGCUAUUCUAUUGGGAUUGACUUGCAAAAAAGACGCCACUGAAUCUGUAUGUAUGGCCAAUUUAUUAGGAGCUCUGUUCAAGUCUCUAGAACAUUUGGAGAAUGAAAGGGCGGAUGACGGUUUAGACUCUGUGGGGAAGAAGACUUUCACACUGCUGGUACAAAUAUGCACAACACUCAUGGACGUUCCCGUAAAGGCUGCGUUUGACUUGAGCGAGGUGUUGUCCAAACUAGAGAGUCUCUGCCGCUGUAGUCCCGUCCCUGACGUGAUCGCCUUGUCUGCGGGGUGUCUGACGGCUGCUGCCCGGGACGCGCUAGACUCACAGCUUCUAGACGACAUGCUGAAAGUACUGGCUGCCAGGCUAGACUAUAUAUGUGAUGAAGUGGAAUCGUCUCAAACAGAUAACGAAAAGGAUUUCCCGGCCAUAGAUGAUAAGACGGGUCAUACGGCGUUGGCGAUGGUCUGUACACACCUUACUGGGAGACUUAAAUGUGUAGAACAUUUACUACUGAGAGCCAAAGACAUAAGUAGCGCUAUGGGAUACACGCCUCAUACACAACACACGAAAAUACGGAGAGAAUUAAUGGAGCUAUACGAGGCCAUUCAAGUCCAGUUGUGUCAGCUGACCACGUGGACAGCUAGCGUCGCGUCCCUGCGCUGUGUUAUAGGGACGGGCAGCGACAAGGUGCUGAACUUGUGUGUGAAACUGUACUCACUGCUGGGGACCUACGUUAAACUGAUGGACCUACCCACAGCGAAGACAUUACACUUGGAAAAGCUAUUGAAGCUGUCUGGUCGCAAGCUGUCUCAGGUUACAGACGAGCUGGUGUCGUACGUAGAGGCUUCUCAGCUACAGAAGAGUGUAUUAAAGGACACCAGACUCGUGCCACGACUUGUUAAAGACAAGGAGCUGUUUAAUAAGAACGUUGUGAUGCUUGGAGAGAAAAAUUACCAGCAAUAUAUAUCACUGGGUAACGCGAGGGACUUCAAGAUUGUUAAGCAAGUGUUGGAAGACAAGUUGAACGCGCUGGAACCGAACACACAGACUACGGACGCGACGGAGGCGGUGGCCGAUGAUAUAGACGACGCGUCCACCGUUGUCUUGGAUGAUGAAAACGAAUCUGAUGUUGAAGAAAACAGAAGGAAGAGACGGUCGCCAUCUUGA